ACGCAAAGACCGGUUUUUUUUUGUUCAUGUUAUGAUUGUUGGGGAAUGAAAGAAUGCCAGAAGAGAAAGCAUUCUGAGCUGGACGCGAACUUAACUUUAUUCUCGGUUCCCGCCUCUGACUUUGUUGACGUGUGCAACAGUUAAAAUGUAAAAGAUUUUUACCGAAACAUUUUAUUUGCUUGGACUUCAAAACAAUGGCAGCAAGUGUUGUUAAGACACCCAAUUGUGCGAGAAAGCCCAAAGAGUUGGCCAAGACGCAGCCAGCACAGAUAAGUGACAAUGCUGCCAAGUGGCGCUGGUGGGUGCUGCUGUUGGCCGUUUUUCUCAUCACCUUUGCCACUCGCUACUAUAAGGUAACCGAACCGGAUCACAUUUGCUGGGAUGAGACGCACUUUGGCAAAAUGGGCAGCUGGUAUAUAAAUCGCACCUUCUUCUUCGAUGUACAUCCACCGCUGGGCAAGAUGUUAAUUGGCUUAUCGGGCUAUUUGACGGGCUACAAUGGCACCUUUCCGUUUGAGAAACCGGGUGACAAAUACAACGAGACACGCUACCAGGGAAUGCGCUAUUUCUGCACAACGCUGGGGGCACUGAUAAUGCCGAUGGGUUUCGACACCGUCUACGAUCUGACACGCUCCCACGAGGCAGCAGUGCUCUCAGCCGCCUAUCUAAUCUUUGAUGUGGGCAUGCUGACACUUAAUCAGUACAUACUACUCGAUCCGAUACUCUUGUUCUUCAUGAUGGGCUCGGUGUGGGGCAUGGUCAAGAUAUCCAAAUGCACCACAGCUGGUGGCUCGUAUACGGCACGCUGGUGGCUCUGGCUGCUGCUCACCGGCACCAUGCUCUCCUGCACGACAAGCGUGAAGUUUGUGGGUCUGUUUGUGGUGUUGCUGGUGGGUCUGCACACCGCCAGCGAGCUCUGGCUCAUAUUGGGUGAUCUGAGCAAACCAAUUGCGGAGACCCUCAAACAGAUUGCGUGUCGCGCCCUCGCGCUCAUCCUCUGGCCAAUUGUGCUCUACACAUUCUUCUUCUACAUACAUCUGAGCGUGCUGAAUCGCAGUGGGAAUGGCGAUGGCUUCUACAGCUCGGCGUUUCAGUCACGACUCAUCGGCAAUUCGCUGUACAAUGCGAGCAUGCCCAGAGAUGUGGCCUAUGGCGCACUGGUAACCAUUAAGAAUCACAAGACCGGUGGCGGCUACCUCCACUCGCAUGCCCAUCUCUAUCCCAAGGGCAGUGGCGCCCGACAGCAGCAGAUCACCACGUAUACGCACAAGGAUGACAAUAACAUCUGGCAGAUCAAACCGUACAACAAGCAACAGUUGGCCAAGGAUGAGCUGCGGCUGCUGCGACACGGAGAUCUGCUGAGACUCGAGCAUUUGGUGACCAAGCGGAAUCUGCACUCGCACAGCGAACCGGCGCCAAUGACUAAGAAGCAUCUGCAGGUCACCGGAUAUGGCGAGCUGGGCGUGGGCGAUGCCAACGAUGUGUGGCGCGUACUCAUUGUGGGCGGUCGUGCGAAUGACACAAUUCACACGGUGACCUCGCGUCUGAUGUUCGUGCACUAUCUGCAGAACUGUGCGCUCACGUCCAGCGGCAAACAGCUGCCCAAGUGGGGCUUCGAGCAGCAGGAGGUCUCCUGCAAUCUCAACAUACGCGACAAGAAUGCCCACUGGAAUGUGGAGGACAAUCAGCACAAGCAACUGCCCAGUGUUAGCUUCAGCAUCUAUGCGCCGGGCUUCUUUGCGCGCUUCCUGGAAUCCCAUGCGGUCAUGUUGCAGGGCAACGCCGGCCUCAAGCCCAAAGAGGGCGAGAUCACAAGCCGACCAUGGCAAUGGCCAAUUAACUAUCGGGGUCAAUUCUUUUCGGGCAGCAGCUAUCGCAUUUAUUUGCUUGGAAACCCCGUCAUCUGGUGGAGCAACCUCGUCUUUCUGCUGCUCUUCAUCGCCGUCUACCUAUGCAAUGCCAUCCUGCAGCACCGUCGUGCUGGCCUCGCUGCCCAAAGACCCACUGGAGGUGCCACGGCAGAGCAACUGUCCACCGAAUCAACAACAACUGAGCUGUGCAGCUGUUGUCCGGCAAUGAAACCAACUGAAAAUACGCUCGAAUCUAAGCCGAAUCCUGACAUGUCCUUGCAGGCAGCUGCUUGGCUUUUCAUCGGCUGGUUGCUGCACUAUUUGCCCUUCUGGGCAAUGGGUCGCGUGCUCUACUUUCAUCACUACUUUCCGGCACUGAUAUUCAACUCAUUGCUGACGGGCAUUAUGUUCAACUAUAUUAUACGAUCGCUGCCAAAGUGGCUGCAACAUGUGCUCCUCGGCUCAGUGCUGUCGACGAUUGUGUAUAGCUUUGUGGUCUUCUCGCCGCUGGCCUACGGCAUGAAUGGUCCGCUGGCCAAUGAGCCCAAUUCGACGAUGCACAGCCUCAAGUGGCUGUCGACGUGGGAGUUUUGAGUGGGCCAAUUAAAAAGUCGACUGCUUGCAUAGAAAUAGACAUUUCAUAUAUACAUUUAUAUAUUUAACACAUAUAUAU